CUUAACGUUCUCCCAUUUUGCAUUGCCUGGUGAUAGUUCUGUUCUUUCAUCCUUCUUCCUAGAGCAGCAUAAAUACAGAACGUGGAGAGUAGGAUCAUUUCCUACGGUCCCCCAGGCUGUGCACAGUUAGUUACUCUGAAAUUUCUGCAUUGUUGAGAAUACACUCAGAUCAACUCCAUCGCAAGAAAGGGCGCGAGAGGGUGACGAAAAGGCUUGGUGAAGAUGAAUGAUUUGUUCUCCAAUUCGUUCAAGCGAUACAGCGACCUGAAGGAGCAGGUGUACCUAGAUGACACCGAUUCCAAGAAGGAAACUGUCAACCUUGACAAUUUCUUUGAAGAUGUCGAAAGAGUGAAGGAGGACAUGGCUCAGGUCGAGAAACUCUACAAGAGAUUGCAGAAAUCGAAUGAGGAGAGCAAAGCCAUCCAUCACGGCAAAACAAUCAAGCAGGUCCGGGCUUGUAUGGACUCGGACGUGCAACAGGCCUUGAAACAAGUCAAAAUCAUCAAAGGCAAGCUCGAAGCCCUUGAACGUUCCAAUGUGGCCCACAGGAAUCUUCCAGGGUGUGGCCCUGGUUCAUCAGCAGACCGGACCCGGACCUCGGUGGUUAUUGGGCUGGGGAAAAAGCUCAAAGAUAUGAUGGAUGAUUUUCAGGAGUUAAGGGCAAAAAUGAAUGCGGAAUAUAAGGAAACCGUGGGAAGAAGGUACUUCACAAUCACGGGACAGAAGGCAGACGAAGAGACCAUUGAUAACCUCAUAUCAAGUGGAGAAAGUGAGAGUAUAGUUCAAAAAGCAAUUCAGGAACAAGGGAGGGGUCAAAUCUUGGACACGAUAUCAGAGAUUCAAGAAAGGCGCGAUGCAAUUAAGGAGAUAGAGAAGAACCUGAUAGAGUUGCACCAGAUAUUCUUGGAUAUGGCUGCACUGGUGGAGGCACAAGGUCACCAGCUCAAUGAUAUUGAGUCUCAGGUUCUUCAGGCCAGCUCGUUCGUGAGGCGAGGAGCAGAUCACCUUCAAGUAGCCAAGGAAUAUAAGAAAAGCUCUAGGAAGUGGACGUGCAUUGCCAUUAUUCUUGGUGCUGUUAUAGUCUGCUUCCUGAUAAUACCAAUCUUAACAUCAAUUAGUCACUAACAGAAACAAGAAGAAAGGGAACGUGAGUGCAAAGACCCAGUUACGUCGUGUGCCGGAGUUUUGCA